CCAUGAUGGAAUAGUCCGAGAAAUUUCUUGGUCGGUUACUACAAUUACGUCGUAUGUUAAAUAAAUAAUAAUUUACGCGGUAAAUAAAACGCAAUUAGGCGGGAAAGUAAUAAAUUGUAAUUAAUUAUAUUUAAAAAAACAGUGAUUAAUUUUUAAGGGAAAUUUUGAAUUUUUAAGAACUCAAGUUUAUGCCGAAGACGUUGGAAGAGGUUAAACUGGAAAAAUGCCUCGAUUGAGAUCGAGGCUGACUUCAAAAGAAAAUACCAACGGUGAUGUGGAAACAAAGAAACCAACAAAAACUCGCGGGACAGUUGGAUCCAAAGUUGUGACAGCGAAAAAAAAAGGUAAUGAUGAUAAAUUGACAGUCGUUAAUCCCCUAAUGACAUUACGAUCACCAGUUCUGCGGGACAGAACAAAUUUGACAUUAGAACCCACGAAAGUUGAUGUUUUGAAAAAAGGUAUCGAGGACAAGGCAGCUGAUGGCAUGAGGUCCAAACCUGGUGAGUCUGUGGCGAUGAGGCGGAAGAAGAGCGAAGAUUUGGAGAGUGGCAAAGCAGCUGUCAAGGAUAUAACUAAAAAUUCGAGGGGAAGUAAAGGCGAGGAGAUUAGUCCUAGACCAUCGUCUUCCAGUAGCACUUCUGGUACUGCUGUCACUGAUGUCAAGAAAAAAAAUCUUCUGGCUAAAGCAGGUGAGAAAGUAACUGCCAAGAGUGAAGAAGUCGCUGGAAAAAAAGUUCAUGUGAAGAAAUUAAAGAGACUGGUAGAGCCGAAACCAGAAUCUAGAGUCAGUACUCGAGCAAAGAAAACUGAUGCUGCUGCUGCUGCGGAUAAAUUAAAACCUCCAUCUAAGGUCUCUAAAAAUAAACCUAAAGGUGGUGAGGAAAAAUUAUCUUUAAAUAAAUCAGAUACUGAAUCAGAAAUUCCAGCAGCUAAAGUUUCUGAUGAACCAAAAGAGGUAAAGAUAAAAUCAGUUGUUAAAAAAUCAGCUGACGUUUCUCCCAAAAGAUCUUUACGAGGUCGCAAGAGUAGAGAAGCUGAUAAACCUGCAGAGAAAAAAUUCUUUAAAUUAAAAUCUAAAAUAACAGCUUCUGCUGCGCAUUCAAAAAUCUCUCCAACAAAGAAACCGGUAUUGGGUGCGAAGCAGAAAAUUGGUGGAGGUAAAAGAGCUGGUGGAAAAAUUGGCGGUCCGAAAGUGAGUACUUCUUUCCGUUUGCGGCAGACGACAAUCAAGGAGUCGUUGGCUAAUCUUUCCAAAAAGGCUUUAAGACCGCGACCGCCCCAGAAGAAUUACAAUGAAGCAUCUAGAAUUAAUAAAAGUAUCUCGCCGACGAAGAAAAAGGCUGGCUUUGAGAAAAAAGGACCAGUUUACAAAGAAAAAAUGAAUGAGAGUAAUGGUAAUAAUAAAGAAGAUAAUCCUGAUAAAAUAUAUGAAUUUAAUUAUGAUUUAAAUGACUCUCAGGAACGUGCGGGUAAACGUAAAAAGAAAACCCGGAAAGCUCCAGUUAAAAGAGUCAAAGCUAAGGCAGCGAUAAAAACCAAGACUGCUGCUACAAAAGGACCGAAGCCUGCAGUUACUUCAUCAACAAAAGUACCAGAAAAAGUUGUUGCGACAAAACCAGCAGCUCCUGUAAAAGCAAAUGUAAAACCUGAUGAAAAUAAUCGAGUGACUCUGACAGUAGCAGCUGAAGUUUAUAAUCCUCCGAGUUCACAGCCGGUUGUUGAUAACGAGCCAGCCAAAGUACCAGAGAAAAAACAUCCACGGCCUGUUGUAAUUUCUUGCCAAGAACUGUCUGGUGAAAAUCGUAUCAACUGGACAACUACUCCAGUACAACCGAAACCUAUGGAAGAAGAAGCGUCAGGACCAUCUCGUCCUUACAGUCAAAGACCGUCGAUACAAAUGAAAACUAUGAUGAACACUUCACUACUCAGACGAUCUCUUUCGCCGAUUUCUAAGGAAACUCCUAGUCCUUUUAUUGAAGACACUGGCAGUCCAUGGCGUCCUAUUCCGCUCAACUCAUUCUCACGUGUGAGAAACGUCUUUCAAAGUACACCUCAGGGUAAAAAAUUCAGUAACCUGCUGGGCAAAGCAUCAGCUGCUGAAAACAAACGUUUGAGCACUAAGAUGGACAAGAUUGCAGAAAUUAUUGAUGAAAAUUCAGUCUCGAAGAAAAAUGAAUCUUCUAAAAAUAUUCAAAUUAAUAAUUCAAAAUCCCCGAGGAAGUUUGGUACUGAGAUAUCUAAUAUCGACAAUACUAUCACCAGCAAUCGAGAGGGAAUGAGUACGUCAAAGUCUCCUCGUAAGUUUGGAUCUGACAUUUCAAAUUCAAAUAAUUCAUUACCAGUGAGUCCUGUUAAAAAGAAGCUUUCAAAAUCAUCGGUAGUCAGUAAAGAAAAAUCCUCAGUGUUUAAUGAAAAUAAAUUAUCUGUCUCAAGUACCAAUUCAAUUGACAGAGGAAUUUCAAUCCAAGAAACUCCAGUUGAUGAAAAUUUAGACAAAGAAAAUUCAGCGCCAAAUUAUCAAAGUCCGAGCAAAACUCCAAGAAAAAUAAGCAGAUCACCCGGUAAUACUCCUUUCAAAGGAUUUCCUAGCAGUAGAGUUCUUCAAGAGUCUACUACUAGUCCUUUCAAAGGAUUCCCACGUCAACUACAGGCGCCAGUAGUACCUGAAGUGAGACCUGAGCCUCAGCCAGAAUUUGAACCUCAACCAGGUCCAUCGGGUUUGCAGAAAAAUACUCCUCCCACUGAUACAUGGAAGCUUAAGCAAUCAAAUUUAAAUAAAUAUUUAAAUUUACCGGAAAUGCCAACGAGUACUCGGAUCAGUACAGCUCAUGGUCUGUUCGAGGACAUGCAUACCUCGCCAAUUGAAGGAAAGGUAGCUAAGAAAACCAUUCCGGAGAAAUUGGAUGUUGAUAAUGCAUUUGGAUUUGAUGAUGAUGACAAUCAUUAUGAUGAUUCUAAUGCUAGCUAUGGUAUUGAUAACUAUGAUAUCGAUAACACAUCAGCUCAGAUACCUGAUAGUCCUAAAAAAGAAUCCGAAAAAAAUGGCGCGAAAACUCAAGCACUUGAAAGAAUAAAUAAUAAUAAUAAAAUUAAUAACAAUAACAAUAAUAAUGAAAUUAAUAUUAAGAAUAAUAAUAAAAAUCAUAAUAAUAAUGACCCGGAGCUUAAAAAAGCAACGAGAUUUUCUCUAGGAGAAAUAAAGAGAACUCUGAGAUCUAAUACGGACGAUAAUAAAAAUGCAGAGCAAGGAAAAAAUAUUCCCGAGGCAGCGAUCAAAGGACACCAGUCACCGACUAAAAAAGUUGUCCCCGAAGUUGUUGAUUAUUCAAACACCUUUGAUAUUUUCAGUGACGAAGAGACUGACAAACAAAAUAAUGAUCAAACUGUUGGAUUAUUUGAAGAUCCUCUACCCGUUCAUUUUCACGCGCCACCGAGAUAUUCCUACAAGCGUAAACGCCGCAACCGUCUGACGUCUUGCGGUCAUACAGAUGAUGAGGACGAUGAAGAGGAACAUAAGCGGGUGGUCAAGAAGAAGAAAGUCAGUAAAGUCGAGCGAGAACAAAUGAAAAAAUUGGAAGACUGGGCCAAGAAUGUUAACAAAACGUUCGAAGAGAUUGAACAUUUUGAUUUAGUUGUCGAGUAGUUUUAAAUAUUUAUAUUUUUUAAAAUUAUUUAUUCAUCAUUUUUUAUUCAAUAGAUUUUAUGAGUAUGAAAUAAGUAACACUGAGUCUGUGAAUAUACUUAAAGUUAUCAAUCACACGGAUGAAGUAACCACUUCCUAAACCGUGGAUUUACGGUGUAUAUAUUUAAAAAAAAAAAUCUAUGACAUUUUUUUAUUCGUACUGAUAAGAGUAAAUAUUUAGAAAUAAAUUAAUUAUUUUAUUAAACAUUUAAACUUAAAUAAUAAAAGAAGGCAAUAUUUUUUGUAUUAAUUAUCCAAUUAGUGCUUAAAAUUAAAUACUAUUAGUAAUAAAUAUUUUUAAUUGACAAUAAAAUGUUUAAAAAAAAAUUUAUAAACAUAUUUAAGUUUGUCUUAAGUUUUAAACAAAAAUAUUUCUUUUAUAAGAUCGUUGUUUAAAUUCUAGCACGUGGUGUUUUAAAAAGUGACAGAGAAAUAAUUAUUAAAUAAUUAAAUAUUUUAAUUUGUCGAGAUAUUUAAAUUGUCAGUGUCUGGCAGUGCCUAGUGUACUGCUAUCGGUGAUUGUGGCUCAUGGUACAAAGCUUAUUUUAAAAAUAACUAACGUCUAACAGAAACAUGGCCAAUGCUUAUCUUUAAACUUACUCAUGUACUUUGAUAACAAUAUAUUAUUAUUAUAUAUUAACUUCAUACGAUCAUUGUUUAUUUCAACAAAUUAAAUUAAACAUAAACAUUUUUAUAAUUCA